AUGUCUCUUCCAAUAAAAGUUCUUUUGAUAAAUGGCAGUCCCCGUGAACAUGGGAACACCUCCCAUAUGUUAUCAUGGCUUAUUACAUCAUUAGAGCAACAAGGAAUAACCACCGAUUACUUCCAAAUAGGAGGCAAGUCCAUCAAGUCAUGUCGUUCGUGUUGGCGAUGUCAGAAAGACGGGAAGUGUUGGCAGGAAGAUCCCGUGAUCGACGAGUUAUGUUCCAAAAUAGUAGCGGCCGAUGGCGUCAUAAUAGGAAGUCCGACAUAUUAUGCGGACGUCCCAAUGGAAGUGAAAGGCAUGCUCGACCGAUGCGGUUUAAUAAUUGGAAAACACUUAAAAAGAAAAGCGGGAGCUGCUGUUGUGGUUGCAAGACGAGGAGGAGCCAUACACGUCUAUGAUACUAUCAAUCAUUGGUUUGGGAUGAACAACAUGUACAUCGUCGGGUCGUCAUAUUGGAACGAUGGGUAUAACCCACAAGAGAAGAGAAUCGAUGGAGUCGAAGAAGAUGAAGAGGCAAAGGAAACUAUGAAAAAUUUGGCCGAGAAUAUGGCGUUUUUGUUGAAAUCUAUUAAAAAAGAGUAA